UUGGGGGAGUAAAGUCCAGCCUUCUCUUGCUCCUCUUCCUUCUCCCACAUGGUUUACCUUAUGUGCUAUUUUACUUAUUCUUUUAAUCAGUUUCUGAUUUUUUUUUCUCCUUCUGAUUUUUUUUUUUUUAGUAUAGACACUAGAGUCUCAUUUUUCCUUUUCUGUAUUAAAUACUGGGUUAUAUUUGUCAACAUUGACUUUACGUUCUGAGUUCAGAUGAUUAGCAAAAUACAAAAAAGAAUAUGUUUUAUUUUGAAGCAACAUUUCUUAUUAAAAUAAUUGUUUUGAAGGAUAAAGAUAUGUUGAGGAUCUUGGCUGAUUUUUAGUAUAUUGGGAAGUGGAAAGAGGACACACAGGAAAACUGUACCUCCUUGCCUGCUCACAUAGGCAAUGAAUAUGAUUUAUGCAUGUCAUACUCAGCUUGAUGCUCUCUUACAAGAAAAUCUUGGAGCGGCUAAUUUCUUAUUUAUGGUGUCUUAAAUGUAAGCUAUUGAGAUGUUUUGUUUUCUGGAAAGACCUUGUAUCUCCUCGUAUUUAUAAACCAGACAGGAAAGAAGAUUUGAGCACUACUGAGGCAACUUUUUCUAUCUACUGAUAAGUAUAGUCAAGGGAGGUUAAAUAGCUUGCUUUAGAACAAAGCUUGAGAGUACAUGAUAGUGAAAACUGUGAUGACAGCUCGUAUUCAGCAGUAGCUCUUUUCUUGUGUGCUACUUCUCAGACAAAUUUUCAGGGAGAGAAAAUGGAAGAGAGAGGGGAUGGCUGACUAGCCUAAUGCUGAUAUUAACUGUUAACAAAAGUAAAGAAGUGGUCUCUCAAGCUUCCUCCUCUCUGUAGGAGGUCAGCAUAACUGUAUAUUUAGCAUAAUCCUGCUACGUUUUAAUUCUUGGAGCAUUCUCUACUUCUGGGAAAAGAGCUAUUUGUUGCAAUAUAUUUUCAAGGAAAAAUGGGAUUUUGAAUUUAUCCUGUUUCAUGUGAUCCGCUCCCCUUGGACCAAAUACAUUCCCUGCAAAUCCUAUAAGUGAAUUUGCUUCAAAGAGCAGAAAUGCAGAAUGGGCAACUCUUUCUAAUUAAAAACCCUUCAAAGGUCACUCAAAAGGAUGCGAUUUGCACCAUCACAUUCAAUUCAUUAAACUAAAGUGGUAACAGAAGUUUAGAAGGGUCUGUUAGGUGACUGCCUGUCUGUUGUCUCCUGCUGUAUUUGAAUCCCUUGCAAGGAAGAGAAAAAGGGCACAACAUUUUUGUUUUAUAAGGCAGCACAUGUCAUAGCUGUGAGCUGGAGUGAUCUGUUGUUGUAGACUUCUGCAGGAUUUAUUUCCCUAUACUAAGAAAGCCAAGUGAGAAUACUCUCAGAGAAUAUAAAUCUGGUUUGUUGGUUUUUUUUUUCCUGUGUUUUUUUUUUUUGUUAUGUUGUUUUGUUUUGUUUUAGCUGUGCUCCUGUAGUCCAAGGCCACCUCCAAGGCUUCCUACUCCCUGAGUUGAAUGGCCGCAGGCAGCUCAUUAUCAUGACUUGUGUUGCUGUCUUCAGCAUUUUAAAAAGUCUUUUUCUAUUUCUUCAGCAAUAAGAAUGUAGUCAUCUGCACUGCAACUCUUAACCCCUUUAAAAAGAAUUUCUGUAGAAAUCGUUCAUCAAGGGCCUCAGCAUGGGCUGUACGUGCUCUUGCUGUAAAACAAGCACACCACUGAAGUUGAUGAGUACCUGGAGAAAAGUGUAGUUGCUAGUAUGUGCUGGCAGGGUCCGUACCCAGGGUGCUGGUGUGGAUUCUCACCCAAAUUGAUUGUGAGGAUAUUGAGAAGUAGAAUAUUUACCUUUGGAGGGGACCUGCAACGGUCAUCUGGUCCAAUAUUAGGACAAGGAAAGUGGCUUUAAUUAUCUCCCUUUCUUUCCCCUUCUAUGCUGUCUCAUUCCUUUCUAGCACUUCAGCCUGUAAAAGCUUUUAGAUUCAUCCUGGCACAGACUUACCGGAGAAGCUAAUGAAGCUGUCCCUGACCUUCAGUGCUGCCCAGAGCUGGACAUGUUUUAAGGUUAUUAAAGUGUAUAGUGAAGAUGAUACUAGCAGAGCUUUGGAAGUACCAAGUGAUAUAACAGCCAGGGAUGUAUGUCAGCUGUUGAUAUUGAAGAACCACUAUAUUGAUGACCACAGCUGGACUCUCUUUGAACAACUUACCCACACAGGUUUAGGAAGACCUAUAGAGGACCAUGAAUUAGUGAUGGAAGUCCAGUCAAAUUGGGUAAUAGAAGAGGAAAACAGACUAUAUUUUAGAAAGAAUUAUGCCAAGUAUGAGUUUUUUAAAAAUCCACUGAACUUUUUUCCAGAUCAUAUGAUAUCUUUUCCAAGUGAGACCAACGCAGCUGUAAGCCACUCUGGGAUAUUACAGAUGUUCCUAAGCUCCAGUACGUAUCCUGAGAUUCAUGGUUAUUUGCAUGCAAAGGAGCAGGGAAAAAAAUCGUGGAAAAAAUUGUACUUCCUUUUGAGAAGAUCUGGUCUUUAUUUUUCGACUAAAGGUACAUCUAAGGAGCCAAGGCAUCUGCAGUUUUUCUGUGAAUUCAGCAAUAGUGAUAUGUACAUGUCUUUGACCGGCAAAAAGAUUUCUGGAGCACCAACAAACUACGGAUUCUGCUUUAAGCCUAACAAAUCAGGAGGAACCAGAGACCUGAAACAACUCUGUGCAGAUGAUGAACAAAGUAGGACCUGUUGGAUGACAGCAAUUAGAUUGCUCAAGUAUGGGAUGCAGCUGUAUCAGAAUUACAUGCAACCAUAUCAAGGUAGAAGUGGCUGCAGCCCGCUGAGUAUUACACCUAUGAGAAGCAUUUCAGAAAAUUCUUUAGUAGCGAUGGAUUUCUCCGGACACAGAAGCAGAAUUAUAGAAAAUCCAACAGAAGCCCUUUCUGUUGCAGUUGAAGAAGGAUUAGCAUGGCGGAAAAGAGGAUGUUUACGACUCAACACACAUGGCAGUCCUGUUGCCAUGCCUAACAUGGCUAUACACAGAUCUCAGUCAUGGUUUCAUCAUAAAAUCUCUAGAGAAGAGGCUCAGAGGCUUAUUUUGCAGCAUGGACUUGUAGAUGGGGUAUUCCUGGUACGUGAUAGCCAAAGUAAUCCCAAAACAUUUGUAUUGUCACUGAGUCAUGGAUUAAAAAUAAAGCAUUUUCAAAUUGUACCAUUGGAAGAUGAUGGAAAGCUAUUCUAUACCCUUGAUGAUGGUCAUACCAGAUUUACUGAUCUCAUCCAGCUAGUGGAGUUCUACCAACUUAAUAAAGGAGUACUGCCUUGCAAGUUGAAACACUAUUGUGCACGAAUUGCUCUUUAACCAAAGCAUCUGUUGUUUCAUCAGAGGAAAAGGAAGAUACCAGAAUACUUUUUCUCCUGUAGGCAAUUUGUAUAGUAGGAAGGGAAAAAGCAUUACAUUGUAAAGAUUCUGUGUUUAAGCUGCAAAAAAAUAAUUGUAUUCUAUAUAGAUAAGAACAUUGCUUUGUGAUUGUUGCAGCAAAAUUAACUUUAUGGUUUUAAGAAAACAUUAUUUUCUUUGUAAUUCUUUAGUGUUGUCUUGGACUUCCUUGGGUUUUUUUUUUUUUUGUUUUUUUCAACUGAAAACAACUUUAAAAAAUAAUAUUAUGUAACUUCUACAAAAAUAUAACUGAAGGGAACAUCUUUUGUUCUUAGGUUUAUAUUUAACUUUUUGUCUCUUCAAAUGUUUCUCAUAAUUUUUGUUUUUCACAUAGAAGAGUAACAUUUAUGGUGGUGAGGAUAAGAAGGUGAACUGCAUAUUUUACUUGUAAAUAAAAUGAAUAAAUAUUUUGCACUAUAUUUUUGACUGCUACUUUGAGGAUUAUCAUUUACAAAAAAUGAAAAAUCAUUAAAAUUACUUAAAACCGAUUAGUUGUAUUUUGUUGUGCUAUUACCGUUGUAAUACUUUAAAAGGAUAUUUUUCUCUAACCUAAUGACUAAAUCUACAUCUUUAUACAGAGCUGGACAGUCACUUACUUGGCUGUCAUAUGUAUAGACAUGCAUAAAGCAUCGUGCAGCGCAUAAUGCAGUUUAGUGUAUACCUACAGUCUCUAACACAUAGAGAGGGAGAGAGACACCUGCUAAGUACUGUGUAUUGUUAGAGUUGGGGAGGGAGACAACUUCAGUUGCCCUUAAAAAAACCCAAAGAUAAUGUUAUAAUAUUUACAAAUUUACAAUGCUUACAAAAAAGGGUAGAUCCAAUGAACUUUUAAGUCUUCACUGAAAACCUGGUGAGAGUAUUUUCAAUCAAUUCCUAGCUUAUUUUACUACUUAUAACAGAAUAAAAAUUUCACUAUAGCUACCAGUCAACAUAUCUUUAGAGAUUACCAAAUGUCUAACAUUCCAACUAAAAAGAACUGUUACAGUAGACCAAGUCAAAUUUUGGACCAGAGCAUUAGAAGUACUUUUGGUAUCUGUUUUUUUUUUGAAAGAGAGAUGAUACUGAUUCAUCCUUGAGUAAAGACGUGGGUGGAAUGAGGCUUGACUGAGAGAGGCAUCCUUUGCUGUCCAAUAGAUUUGAUCUUUGUAUGAGGGUUUAGGACCUGGCUCUGAGGAUCUUUCUUCGGAGUAAAGGCUGGAGGACAAGGUAAGGCUUGGAGAUGGGCCACUGCACUCCCCCUUUCUCUGCUUGCUUCAAUUCUCUGACUGUCAGACAUACCUGUUCUGUUGAGUUGGUGGAGAGAAGGUGAAGGAGGCCUGCAAGGGAUGGAGUAAAAUAGGUCUGGGGCACAGCAGCACCGAUGUGUGUAAGCCAACUCAUUUAGAUGGAAGCGUUAGAAUAGUAUGGCAACUACAGCUUAUGGGUUUGUUAUUGUGUAUCUGUGGAAGACAAUCAUGAUAACAGAAUACUGUGAUACUUAAUUUACUGACUUGAUCUGCACAUCACUGACCUUUUCCUCUCGUAUGCAAAUACAGUAUUUAAAGCUCAUUUAAAAAAACAGCUCAUCACAACCUGUACCAAAGAUGUAACAUAUGUGGUGCCUAAGCUCAUUACAUGAAGAAUGCCUUGUAAAACUCUUCACAGUCUAAUAAAUUUAACUCUUAAACCUCAAAACUAAUUUCAAAUUGUAAUUAAAAAAUGUAGUUUAAUUAAAACUGCUUCAUUUUUAUUUUAGUGAUGUGAUGUGAUGUUUCUCAGUCCUAGUAGUAUUUCAGAGGUUGGUAUAGAAUAAGGAGAAACAUUCUCUGCAUCCCUGUUUUUUUUAUGAUCUGGCAAAUGAAAUAAAUUGUCUAAUUUAGUCUGUUUCUCCUUGGACGUGUGAAAGCUUUGCCAUAAUUUCAAUUUGUGUUCAUGUAUUUGCUAGCAUGCUUGGUGG